AUGGAUGACUUUAUUUUGUUUCUCUCGUGCGGGCCUUUCCCGCCUGAGACGAAGUCUUCUCUCGGUGGAAAACGGCAUACAGCGCGAAUUCAGGCCGUCCCAGAUGAGCCAAAUGAAGAACUCCGCCAAGUGAGCUGGUCUGUCCGGGCCAAUCCAACUAUACACACGCUUCCUCAUGCUUAUGUUCCUGAAGCCCUAGAAAAACUUGUAGAUUAUGCAAAAGAAAAGUGCCCAAUCGUUAUCUUUCUUAUUCUCGAUGAAGUCCCAAAUGAGCCCUGGAUGGUUGAUAUUUUAAAAUUGCUGAUUGACAGAACUUCACCUACCUACAAGAGGCAAGUCAUCGUUAGAGUGGCCUCAUCGAACCCACAAGAAGUUGAUGAAAGUGUUCAGGAACUAUUUGAAGCUCUCGGAAGCUUCGGCAAAACGAUCAUCCCUGUAACGGAAGCGAAUCCGUACCCGUGGUCUUGCUACCUCGACUUUUGUCUUCCAUUUGAAUCCACAGUCUUCUCAAUGAUCGCUCAUUCCAUGGAUCCAGUCAGCGUAGACAUGUAUCUCCCCAACACUCAACGAAAUGCUGCUCGCUUUAUCGACAUUCUCUGGUCCAACGCAUCAUCUAACUUGAACCUCAACAAUCUUACCGGAAUCGAAUUGGAAGUUAUUCUUCCUGGCAGAGUCGAACGAGCAUUAAAGUCGAUGCUUGAUGGAGGGCUGAUGAUUCUAAGUACUAACGGUUAUAUGAAGACAUGUUAUUGGGCGCUCAUGCCAACUGAAGAGGGCUUCACGUUGCUCGGAAUUCAAAGCUCGCCUUCUGAGAAAAGUUCAAUGCCAAUCAAAGGACUCAAGCAGAUAACCACUGGAAUAAUUUGCGAAGAGAUGUUCACUGAUCCGAAUUUCAACUUUGAGCGCCUUGAAUUAGAAAUGACCGAGUGCUCUGAGCCGGUAUCGUUUGAACAUGUCUCGCUGCGAGAUGCGCUCAAGUCCGAAAUGGAUAAUAUGAGAAAUGAUGAACCAGCGGUGAAGCCGCCCGAAUUAGACGCAGUUUUCUUUUCUCCUGGGAAGAUUGUUGCAAAUACAAAAGCAAUUGAAGAUAGCGUUUCGUCGGUCGCAAGUGAUGCGGUUUCGAAAUCCUCUCCCCCGUCGCCAAUCAAGCGCAUAAUGUCCAAACACAGCCAGCCGACUGCAGUCGUGACAGAAAGACCAUUCGAGACCGCGUCUGCUUCCUCCAAAAAGGCAAGCGAGCUGGAAAAUAUCAAACGACUCAACUCGAUUACCACAAGACCACGUUCACGCUCAAGAUUGUCUACUUCUUCUCGCUCUUCUCGAAUAAAGGACGCGACUGAAAAGGAAAACGCCAAACAGCAAACAAGAGUAGCACCUUCCGCCCAGCAACGCCUCUCCUUCAAACGGUCAUCAUCCUCCUCGACAAAAGUUAUCAGCAGGAGACUUACCGAAUCGGACCUUGGAAGAAAAUCAUUGAGGAAUGAGACUCCGUCUCUUAGACCGCCUGCCACUCCAAUAAAUAGCUCGAAACCUGUCGAGUUUAGUGGGUCAGAGAAAAAGAAAGCAAUCCUAGCCGUGAUAAAGAAAGAGCUAUCAAAAAUCAAACUAGACAAGAAAGACCCUGUUUACUUCCCUGUGGUCAAGAAGCUUCAUGAAAUGACACGAGGAGUUCUUCGAGACUUGAAAGUUGAUCGAAAAGCGCUCAUUCUCAUCAUGGAGAACACGAGAAAGAUCAUGGUGAUGCUUUUUAGAAUGGUCACGCCGUCCCGGGCUAGGAAUUACGCGGAAGCGAACACCCAUCGGCCGCGGGAGUACUGGGACUACGAGAGUCAUGUUGUCGAAUGGGGAAAUCAGGACGAUUAUCAGCUUGUUCGAAAGCUGGGUCGAGGCAAGUAUUCCGAGGUAUUCGAGGCCAUCAACGUCACCAACAACGACAAGUGCGUCGUCAAAAUCCUCAAGCCCGUCAAAAAGAAGAAGAUCAAACGAGAGAUCAAAAUUCUUAAAAACUUGGCCGGCGGCCCAAAUAUUAUUUCCCUUCUUGACAUCGUGAAGGAUCCAGUCUCAAGAACUCCCGCUCUUAUCUUCGAACAUGUGAACAAUACCGAUUUCAAGCAGCUGUAUCAAACACUUACUGACUACGAUACACGAUAUUACAUUUUCGAAAUUCUCAAAGCCCUGGACUUUUGCCACUCAAUGGGAAUCAUGCACCGAGAUGUGAAGCCUCACAAUGUUAUGAUUGACCAUCAACAACGCAAAUUGCGACUUAUCGAUUGGGGUCUUGCUGAGUUCUAUCACCCCGGACAAGAUUACAACGUCCGAGUCGCUUCACGAUAUUUCAAGGGGCCAGAGCUCCUUGUUGACUACCAGUACUACGACUAUUCGUUGGAUAUGUGGUCUCUUGGAUGCAUGCUGGCCUCGAUGAUCUUCCGAAAGGAGCCAUUUUUCCAUGGCCACGAUAAUUAUGAUCAGUUAGUUCGAAUCGCAAAAGUCUUGGGAACUGAGGACUUAUAUGAUUACUUGGAUAAGUACAACUGCGAGCUCGACCCUCGAUUCAACGAUAUCUUGGGAAGACACAGUCGAAAGAGAUGGGAACGAUUUGUUCAUGCCGAGAACCAGCACCUAGUAACGAAUGAGGCAAUCGACUUUUUGGAUAAACUUUUACGUUAUGAUCACAACACCCGUCUGACAGCACGUGAGGCAAUGGAUCACCCUUACUUCUACCCGAUUGCACGAGAACAGAUCAAGCCUGACCAGAUCAAGGACGAGACCCAGGCGUGA